AAAUUUGAUUUUUUGUUUUGUGUACAAACAGGGCUAUUCUCAGCGAGCUGCCGGAGCGAUCUCUGAACCAACAUGUACAGGAUUCUUGUUACACUGGCAACGCUGCUGCCUGCGGUGCUGGGCCAUGGCCGUUUGAUGGAUCCGCCGGCGCGGAAUGCCAUGUGGCGCUUUGGCUAUCCCAAUCCGGUUAACUACAACGACAACGAGCUCUUUUGCGGCGGCUAUGCGGUGCAGUGGGAGCAGAAUAGCGGACGCUGCGGCGUCUGCGGUGAUGCGUAUCAUGUGAAAUCACCGCGUCCCCAUGAGGCGGGCGGUGAGUAUGCCAAGGGCAUUAUAUCGCGCUAUUAUACUGCUGGCCAGGAGAUUGACGUGGAGGUGGAGCUGACAGCCAAUCAUUAUGGCCGCUUCGAAAUGUACUUGUGCCCCAACAACAAUCCGCGCCAGGAGGCCACCCAGGAGUGCUUCGAUCGCUAUCCACUGUUCAUCUCUGGCAGUCGCGAGCAUCGCUUCCUCAUACCGCGCGAGGCCAAGAAGAAGGACAUCUUUCGGUAUCGCGUACGCCUGCCGGCCUAUGUAACCUGCACCCAGUGCGUGCUCCAAUGGACCUACUACACCGCCAACAUGUGGGGCACCUGCUCCAAUGGCACCGAAGCCGUCGGUUGCGGCAAGGCGGAGACUUUCCGCAACUGUGCUGACAUUGCCAUUAUAUCCAAUACGGGUGGAGGUGUGCCGCCCAUAUUUGUCAAUAAUAAAUCACCGUAUUUGCUUUAUUAUCGCGACUACCGCGCACCUGAAGACAACAACGUAUUCCCAUUGAUCGUGCGUGAUCAAAAGUGUAUUGGCGCACCUGCAUUCCGUGCGCUGCCCGGCAUCGAUGGUUGGUGUGAAAUCAACUGCCUACGCUAUCCACCCAACUGUCCCGAAACUGCCUGUCACUGCCCUCAAGAGUGUGUGGCGAUUGGUGAGCUGGAGGGACGCGAAGGUGCCGACACAUACUGCAUGGACCAAUGCCUAAACUUCAAAUCGGACUGUCCACGCGAUAGAUGCCGCUGCUACUAGGCGAAAUACUAAAACCAA